AUGAAGGACAUGUCGUCGAAAAAACGACCGACUUCCGAAGGAUCAGAAGCUCCGAAACCGAAAAAAUUCAUCAAUGAUAAAGAACCAACAAAAAUGGAUCCAGAAACCCUAAAAAGUUUCGGAUCAAUGGUGUGUGGACGUGUGGAAACGGGACCGGUCCGUUUCGCAGAUUUGGAACCAGAAACUCCGAUUGUUCAAAAAUCUCAAAAUCCAGCAAAAUCCAAAUCAGAUUCUGAAGCUCUGGAUCUCACCAAAUCCAAAUCACUGAUUGCUGAUCUUUUGAAGCCAGGAUCCACAGAAUCCCGAUCUCCAAGCUAUGAAUCUGAUGACUCUGAAUUUACGGAUUACGGUAGUGAUGAGGAAUCGGAUUCAGAGAUUUUAAAGCGAGUGGAAGCGGCGAAAGAGGCUGAGAAUCUGAAGAAGAAUUUGAAGAGAAUGAUGGAGGAUGAGGGAAAGAUGAAUAAGAAAAAUGAGGAAACGCAGAAGAAGAAUUCACUGGAGCCAAGGAAGAAGAGGAGAAUUUUGAGCCACGAUGACAUCUGUAGAAUGAGCUACUCACUCCAGCUACCGCUUUACGAGACAUUCUGGCAACCGGAACGGGAUAUUAGAGAUGAUUACACAAUGGUGACACCGAAAAACAAAGAUUCUCCAGUUUAUUUCAAUUUCGGAGACACACCAAUUAUGUACAAUGCGUCGGAUCUUCCAAAAGAAAUCGAGCCGUUGAAGAUGAAUGAAAAGGAGUGUAGAGCCCAAUACGAAAAAGACAAGAAGCGCUACGAAGCGGACCAGAAGAUUCUCGAAGCUCAACAAGCUCAACUACAUCAAGCCGCUGCUACAUUCAUGGCUGAAGCCAUGAAAUCCGGUGGACUAGAGAAUUAUAUGAGAGCGUUGGAUGAUAAUCAGAAGCAGUUCAUGCACACCGUUUUCACUACGUGA